AAUAAUCAUUCUCUCGUAACAUCAUCUUUAUAAAUUCUUAUUUCAUGAAGAUGUGUAAUGGAUCUAGUUUCUUGGCCACAAGACCACUGUUGCUGCUUCUUCUGAGCUUCAUAAUGGCUUCCUUCUUCGACACCGCAGUUGGUCAAAUCGGAGUGAGCUACGGGAGAAAUGGAAACAACUUGCGACCUGCGUCACAAGUCGUGGCGCUUUACCAACAACGGAACAUCAGGCGGAUGCGGCUGUACGACCCCAACCAGGAGGCUCUCAAGGCUCUCAACGCUCUCCGCGGCUCCCGCAUCGACCUCCUGCUAGGUGUUCCAAACCCUGAUCUCCAACUUGUUGCCUCCAGCCAAGCUGCAGCUGACACGUGGGUUCGCAAAAACGUCCGCAACUAUAACAAUGUCAGAUUCCGCUACAUCUCGGUCGGGAACGAGGUGCAACCCUCGGACCCAGCUGCGAGGUUUCUCCUCCCCGCCAUGCAGAACAUCGAUAGAGCGGUUUCAGGCCUCGGGAUCAAGGUCUCGACUUCUGUAGACACCAGAGGCAUUUCCGGGUUUCCUCCGUCAAGUGGAACCUUCACGCCAGAAUUUAGGAACUUUAUCGCGCCGGUGAUAAGUUUCUUGGCAAGCAAGAAAUCUCCUCUGCUCGUGAAUAUCCACCCUUACAUCAGCUACAAGAACAACAUGAAAGACAUUCGGUUGGACUACGCUCUGUUCAGCGCACCGUCCCCUAUAGUCAUUGACGGACAUAACCAAUACCGAAACCUCUUCCACGCAAUCCUAGACACUGUCUACGCAUCAUUGGAGAAAGCUGGAGGCGGAUCGGUGGAGAUCGUGGUGUCCGAGACCGGUUGGCCUACCGCGGGAGGACCCGCCACAAGUGUGGCCAAUGCGAAGACUUAUGUGAACAAUUUGAUUAAAACUGUGAAGAGUGGAUCUCCGAGGAGGCCAGGGAAAGCUAUAGAGACUUACAUAUUUGCUUUGUACGAUGAGAAUUUGAAGCAGGGUCCCGAGAUUGAGAAGCAUUGGGGACUGUUUCUUCCGAACCUACAGCCUAAGUAUGGUGUCAAUUUCAACUAAUAAUCCUGAACACAUUACGAUGAAGUGGUGUGAGAUAAAUGGUUUGUAUUGUAAAGGUUUCCAAAAAGUGGGAACUUGUUGUAAUAUCAAGGAAUAAUGAGACAAGAAAAAUAAUAAUAUCAA